UUAAAUCGAAGUUUACGAGUUUUUGAACCCGAAGAGAAUGCCGAGAACUGUGUACGUUGUCUUAAAUACGAUAACCUUAGCAGCGAAGAAUUUGAUAACUGCUGGAAGGCAUGUGCUAAUUACAGAAUUGGUCAAAUAAAAGAGGCCAUGUCAACUGACGACAUUUUAGAAACAUGGCCAUACUAUAGGAAACCGACUGGAUACCGUUUGGUCGAUAUGGACUUUCAACAAUGUUUUGAGAACAGAAAUGGAAUGCUAACAAAAUGGGAUGAAUAUUAUUUUCACAUACUACAUUUUUUGUCAAGGGAUGGACACAUUAAAGACAAAUAUAUUAAGGGAAUAGUUGAAAAUCUAAAUCAAUUGUCUGAUUUGUCAGAAAAUGGAAAAAAUGCUGGAAUUCUGUGGUGUUUGCAUGGCUAUUUUGUACCAACAAAACUAGUGGUUACAAAAAAAAAUGAUAAAAAAACCAGCACGAGAUACACAAUCCGUGAUUCUCAGGAAUCGUUUUUAUUUAUUGGAAAAUCUUUACAAGAAGUAGAAGAUCAUAUCUCACACUUAAGAAAAGUUAAAAAAUCAACACAACCCUUUAUAUAUGGUGUUGGUGAAAAUAUAUUCUCUCUGUCAGAAAUAACUGUUUAUUUUGAUGGAAUCCGCUAUAAAUUUAAAAACUUUAUAAGAGCUGUGGAUAUAUGUUUUAAACUCAUAUACUUAUUUAAUUUAGAGUUUCCCCCUGAAAGUAUUAUGUUUUAUAAUUUUUUAGAAAUUUUUUUUUAUUUUUUUGAACCAAAAAAUGUAAGCACUAGAGUCCACGUUAUAAUAGACGCUUUAAAAAAUGUUACUUCACAACUGAAUAUGAGAGAAACUGAAAAAAACUAGUUUUAGUGCUGAUAAUAUUCUCAUAGAUGUCGU